UCCAGGAACCGGCGUGUUUGCGCUUCUCCCCAAUUUAUGACCGCCGGCCAUAUGGCCAAUAUUUCGCCUCGCGCGUCACGCGCCGCGGAGGAAAACAAACAGCGCGGGGCAAGGCGGAGAGGGGGAGCGCCGGGCGAGCGGCCACGGGGCCGGCCCUGCAAAGCGCCGCCGGAGACAAUGUGAGGGGCAGCCGAGCCGGGGCGUCGCGCGUGGCUAUAUAAAGCGGCCCCCGCAGGCCCCGGCGCAGCAGACAGGCGCCUUCGGAGCUCGCCAGCGCCUCGCCCACCGCAGAGCAGCUCCCGGCUCGCUCCAGGUUCAUAUGUGGAGACCAACCUUAUAUGGACUGCUCUCUCCAGCAAUGGCUUGUUUUCCCCAAGCAGCAGGCAGCCGAUCCGUGUGUUUAAACGAGACCCUGAAGUAAAACGCACUUUGGCAUUUUUCCUGGAGUUACAAACUAUUUCAGAAGCCAGUUGCCACUUGUGCUCCGUGAUUUUUUUUUUCUUCCGCAGCAGAGCAAGGCUGUAAAAUAUUUAUCUAUAUCGCAGCUGAUUUUUCCCUCGCUCCCCCCACAUCAACCUUCGUGAUUUUUUUUAUUCUUACCCCCCCCCCCCAACAUACACACACCCUCCCCUCUUUCUGGGGUGUGUGCGGUUUGUGGGGUGUGUGUGUGUUUUGUGCAACAGCGGAUUGACAAACUGGUGCUUCAACUUUCCUGCAUAAAUUUGGCCAGAAUAUGUCUUUGACCAACACAAAGACGGGGUUUUCUGUAAAGGACAUCCUAGACCUCCCUGACACCAAUGAUGAAGAGGGAUCCCUCGUUGAAGGAGCGGAUGAAGAGAACGAGGGGUCGGAACCACCCAAGAAAUCCGGCGUUCUGGGGCAAAACCCGCUGGAGGGGGUUCAAACUCUGCCUUUGAAAAACCCUUUCUAUGAUACCAGUGAUAAUCCCUAUACGCGUUGGCUGGCCAGCACGGAAAGCAUCCAGUAUUCCUUGCACGGGCUGGCCUCCGGCAACUCCCAGCAGGACUCCUCCAGCAAAUCCCCCGACCCCUCCGCCGACGAAUCCCCGGACAACGACAAGGAGACGUCCAGCGCCGGCGACUCCGGCAAGAAGAGGAAGAGGAGGGUGCUCUUCUCCAAGGCGCAGACCUACGAGCUGGAGAGGCGGUUCCGACAACAGCGGUACCUGUCCGCCCCCGAGCGGGAGCACCUGGCCAGCCUCAUCCGCCUCACGCCCACCCAGGUGAAGAUCUGGUUCCAGAACCACAGGUACAAGAUGAAGAGGGCCCGGGCUGAGAAAGGUAUGGAAGUGACUCCUCUCCCCUCCCCACGCCGGGUAGCAGUGCCCGUCUUAGUCAGGGACGGCAAACCCUGCCACACGCUCAAAGCUCAGGACUUAGCCGCCGCUACUUUCCAGGCUGGGAUCCCCUUCUCCGCCUAUAGCGCCCAAUCGCUUCAGCAUAUGCAAUAUAACGCCCAGUACAGCUCCGCCAGCAACCCCCAGUACCCUACAGCGCAUCAUUUGGUGCAGGCCCAACAAUGGACUUGGUGAACAUUGCCGAGAAAAGAGACUGAGGCUCCAAUAUCAAACCUCGGGGGGGGGAUAUGAAUAUUAAUUAUUAUUAUUAAUGAUGAUGCAUUUUCCCCCUCUCCUAUUUUUCCUCCUUUUUUGGGGUUCAAUUUGUUUCUCUUUUUGGGGGGGGGUUGUUUUUUGUGCGCCAUGUUUACAGAAAUUUUUGCGCCAUGCAGUGGUCCUGUCUACCUACAACUAAAAAUAAAAAUACUACUAGUAAUAAGAAUAAACCAGUAUGCUCUUGUGAUUGCGUAAAGUACUUUUGUGUGCUGUAGAGCUGUUGUCAGUCGUAUAUAAAACAAGUGGAGGACACUUUAAAAAUAGAGAAUUUGAUUUCCCUUUUUUUUAUAUGAAACGUUACCUAUUUAUGGCCAUGUAUAAAUUCUGACAACUAUUAGCGAUAUAUAUAUAUUUUGUAAAUAUCUGUGGUUAUUGUUGCCAUAAGUAACAUUCAGGGCGGUUUAUUUUCUUUUCUUCUUUUGGUUGGGUGCAAAUCUUUCCCAAAUAUUAAGCAAGCAAACAAAAUGUAGAAGGAAAAGAAAUGUUUGGAUCAUCUCCAUAGAAAUCUCCAGCGAAUCAUUGUGUAUAAACCCGGGGGGCGCGCGCUGCGGGGAGGUUUUCGAUUUUUUGAUAGGAAUUUUAAUAAAAAUGCUGUGUUUAAAAAAAACCAACCCAACAACCAAAGACCGUUUUUGUUUGACUUUGUGGCUAACGCGGGAUCACCGCAGACCCCUCACUUUAAAGAGACAUAGAUAGGACUGAUUCUUUAGGGGGAAGGCGAGCCUGAUUAUAUGAUCAAUGAGA